CAAAUGCGGGUUAGCGGUAUCAGUCGAUGGUGGCAAAUCCCCAGCCCGGCCAUGCCGGCGUCCCCACGCAGGGGGUGCCACGGGGGGGUGCUGGUGGGAUAUCAAUCCAAUCUGAUUAAUCGCGCACUGCGUGCUGGAGUACCGCAUGGAGAAGCGCUGUCAGAUCCGCAAGAAUCCGGGGCUGCAUGACGAACCACUGAGAUCGCUGUCUCGCGGACAUCCUCUCGCUCUCCGCGAAGUGAAAACAAGUUGCCGUGCAAUCAACCGAAACUCUGGGGCUCUUCGACGAGUUCAUGGGCAUUUCCUAUGCUCAUCAUAAUCUCCACUUUAUCCAUGCGUUGAAAAUCGCUGAAGAUUCUGAUGAAUCUCUACGGAUCAUACCAAAGACUAAAGAUCUCUUUCUGACUCGAGGGAAGUAAAAAAAUUCAGGUUGAAUCAGCAUGCAGCGGGCUAUUACAGUACUUGGGCAAUGUAUAUAAAGGUCUUUUGUCAAAGGUAGAUGGUGUAAAGUUUAUUACAGCGACAGUCCCAUCUCCCCAGCUCAUCUCAUUCUUUGAUUGAAAACUCUUGUACCAUUAAACUCGUGUGAUCGAAAAUGCUCCUCUCAUUUGUCUCUCUCCUCCUUCCCCAGGCUCUGCCGGAGGAUUUCCGCCCAACCUAUCACUUUGUCCCAGAACAAAACUGGAUGAAUGAGCCGAAUGGCUUGAUCAAAAUCGGCUCGGCCUGGCACCUGUUCUACCAGCAUAAUCUAACAGCCAAUGUCCGGGGCGAUCUGGGCUGGAGCCACGCCACCAGCAGUGACCUUAUCCACUGGACCCGGACGGCCAGCGGGGACUCCUCGUACGAUGUAUGAUCCUGCUGCCAGUGGAGUCCAUAAUGCCCCUCUUGGGCCUGACGCUUCCGGAGUGGUGCGCAUCCGCAUUCUUUUGGACCUCAUUUUCCCAACUGAAACGUCCGAUGGUGUAUCGUUAACAACUUCACCAGUCGACUAAAAAGGUUGGAAAGACUUGUGUUUGCAAGCUGGAUGCGUGUAAUGUAUGUGGAGCGGAUCAGGACCGUUUGUCUGGAUUCAACGGUUUGACGUCACAGUAUGGAGGAUACAUUGGAUGUGGAAAAUAGUAGCGAGUGCGCGCGCGUGGACUCGAACGUGGGACCUUUUGGUAGGUGGCGAAUACCAGAUAUGGCGGAGAAGUUAUAGGUAACUAGUAGUUACCUGCCGGGCUAACUGCGGGCUGCAUAGAAUUGGAGGCAUGGAGAGAAAAAUUGAAGGUCUUGUCAUUCUAAAUGUGUAGCAAGAAAGUACGAUAUCUAAGUACAGGAGAAAAAUUGAACGAGGCUAAGUCUAAAGAGGAAGAAGGGGCUAGCUGACUUUUACAGUGGCAAAUGGCUCCAAUCGCUGAACCUUCCCCAUUGAGCGGGCG